AUGUGGCGCUGCACGGGCUGGGAGGGCGGCCCGCCCCCGCUCCGCUCCCGGAGCUGCCCGGGUGAAUCUUCGGGGCGGAGAGCCCCGCUCACAAGACCCAAACGGGGCGUGCCUGGGACUCCUGUGACGCCUUUGCCCCCACCUGGCUCCACACUCCCCGCCUUGCUGUUUGCCUUGGCACCCCCUCCGAGCGGUCUCCCGGAUGCUCAGCGCAGACAGGCCCCCCAAACUGCCAAGGGGUUCCGGAGGGGUCCCCUCCCCUGGGCCCACGCCCCGACCCAGCGCCUCUUCCCCGCAGUCGUGGCGGUGGCGGCCGUGCCCGUCCUGCUGGGCGCCGCGGGCUUCACCGGGGCCGGAAUCGCCGCCUCCUCGCUAGCGGCCAAGAUGAUGUCUGCGGCCGCUGUCGCCAACGGGGGUGGAGUCGCCGCGGGCAGCCUGGUGGCAAUGCUGCAGUCCGUGGGGGCAGCUGGACUCUCCACGUCAUCCAACAUCCUCCUGGCCUCUGUUGGGUCAGCUUUUGGAGCCUUUCUUGGAGGUUCAAAAAAGGCACCUUCUUCCUCUCCCCCAGCAGAACCCACGGCCGAAAAGAAAGAGAAAGGAGAAAAUGAAUCCCAAAUUGAACCUCCGAAACCCUCAGUUGGGUCAGAGAAGCAGGAGAAAUAAAGAUCAUGUGCAGACACA